AUGGGCCUUGAGCCAGAGAAGCCCAGUGCAGGACAGGCCCUGAGAAUUGAAAGGUUGCUAGAAGUCCUCUCCGACAGAGUUGAGAGUUUGCAGACGGCCCCUGAGAAGCUGGGGCGUUCCGAAUUGGCUGAGCGCUCGGCCUGGGAGGGCGGGGAGUUUGCCGAACGUUCCUGGCCAGAAUCCCUGCCUUCAAGAGCCGCUGAGCCCGCGAAGAGCGUCGCUACCGCGUCCGGGCUGUGUGUGGACGCGCCGCGCGCGGCCCCGCCAGGGCUGGGAGUUUGCAGACCGUCCCUGCCGCGGCCCGCUCGGCGGCGGCCCUGCGGCUCCCGCGGCAGCCGCGGCGGCCCCGGGCGCGAUCCAGCCCAGGUAGCCGCGCCACAGGCUCCGGGCGCCGCGACCCCGUGCCCCGCCGCGUCGUGGGCCCCGCGGGGACAGCGGCUGGUGGGCGCUCCCUGCUGCUAUUGCUGCUGUUCAACACGGAGGAGUGACUACUGGGACCAAGAGGGGGACUGGGGGUGAGCUCAGGGAUUUGCACCCGCUCCUGUGAUUUGGUUAAGCUGCUCCCUGAAGAAUGCAGCGAUCUCUGGUUGUCUUCCAAGCGUCCAGACUGUAGGUACCGUAGGCUAUAAGACAGAAAAAGAAAACAGGAUUUGAAGAGAAACAUGAGAAGGGGAAGCAGGGGGAUAAUUGCAGGGGCCUAGGUAGCAAGCGGCAGCCUUUCUGCUGCCGAAAAGGACAGACCGUGGCAGAUGCGGAGCAGCUGGGCUGGCCUGGGUAACAAGGGUCUUCUUGGAAGGGGGCAGGAAAUAUCAGCUGGGAAGUCAGAGGUCUGGGGACUUAUGCUUUCCCUGCCACUAACUAGCUUCAUGAGCCCCUGCCUCUUCUGCCAAAGUGGGCAAGUCUCCUGAGGAAUUAUAUGUCAGGCGUAGGUGUCCAGAGGUGAACACAACACCUGACCAUUCAUCUAGGGCAGGGACCUGUCAUAAAUACUCUGUUGUUCCAGUAUUAGUAGAAACAGCUAAGUCUCUCUCUUUUUUUUUUUUU